AUGAAAUUUUUCGAUUCAAUCUUAAACUUUUUUAAAAGUUUAUUUUGGAAACAAGAAAUGGAGCUAACUCUUGUAGGUUUACAAGGCAGUGGUAAAACUACUUUAGUUAAUGUUAUUUCGAGUGGCGCAUUUAUUGAAGAUACAAUUCCAACUAUUGGUUUUAAUAUGAAAAAGGUUACAAAGGGCAAUGUUACAAUUAAAUUAUGGGAUAUUGGUGGACAACCAAGAUUUAGAGGAAUGUGGGAAAGAUAUUGUAGAGGUGUUAAUGCUAUAGUCUAUGUUGUUGAUUCAGUUGAUAGAGAUAAAUUCGAACAAUCAAAACAAGCUUUACAAGAUUUAAUUAAUAAACCACCAUUAGCAAAGAUUCCACUUUUGGUUGUUGCAAAUAAAAAUGAUCUUCCACAAUCCGUUGGUGUUGAAGAGAUGAUUGAAAUUUUAGAUUUAAAGAAUAUUGUUGGAAGAGAAGUUUGUUGUUAUUCAAUUUCAGCUAAAAAUAGUGUUAAUAUUGAUAUUACAUUAGAUUGGUUGAUCAAGCAUAGCUCAACUGUUAAAAAUUAGAAUUCGAUACAUAUUUAUAUUAUAAAAAAAAACUAAAAAAAAAUUAAAUAAAAAAAAAAUU